AUGGGUGGCGAGACAGCCAGAGGCGGGAAGAAGAAGAAAGGGGGCAAGGCAGGAGUGAAAGUGGAAGUCAUUGACCUAGAGCACGAACUCGCUAUCGAAGCCACCCCGCUAGGCACAGCCGUCAAGGCGGCGCGCGCGGCAAGCGACCUGGACAUCGACCUAGGCCGCCUGUGGUUGUCGCGCGUGGCGCGCACGGCAGUGCAUGAGCUCGGUCACUGCUUCUGUCUCGACUACUGCGUCUACUAUGCCUGCGUGAUGCAGGGCACUACUGGGCUCGCCGAGGAUACCAGGCAGCCGCCGUACCUGUGUCCGGUGUGUCUCAAGAAGCUCACCCGCGCUCUGGCGGAUGUCGUGGGGAAGCGUGACGCCGACGAGGGCCUGUUGCGGACAAAGUCGGCUUAA